AUGGCCACCGACCCUGCACGCCGACCCUGCGCGCCGUUACGUUACGUUGUCGCGGGGACUUCCCUGCCUUGGCGGCAAGUCCGCACUGACAGCGCCAGAUUGAUGGCUCCCGCGGAUCUGGCUGUCCAGCGCGCUUCUCGAGUGGCUCACGCACUUUGCACGCAACACACAUACUCUUACUGGUGCUCUCUCACUAUACCUACCCAGCGCCGGCGCAGACGGUAUACAGUAUGGGUGGUUAAGAUACUGAGUACUGGUCUGCGCGGUCCUGGAGGAGUGCCUCGGCAGCCAAAGGUCUCUCGUGCUUCUGUCCUCAUGCCUCCCCCUCACUCUCCUACCUUCCAGCCCCUAGGCAGCUUCAGGGACCUCACUAUCGACGACUGGUCCAACUUGGGGGACAGUCGCCACCUCUCCAACAAGUACUCGUCUGGCGUGUCACCGACGAAUCAUACCUGGAACUUCAGCGACUUAGCACCGCCGUCCUCUCCCCCCACCAGUGUUGACGACGAGGACUACGUGAAGGCUGUGCGGCGCUGGCCUUUUGCCAGACGAAUAUUCGGCAACCUCUUGGAAGACAGGGACUUCCCGGCGUUGUCCGACGUUUUAAUAGAGACUCCCAAUUUCCAGCCGGAAGAUUGGGAUCUUCUUCGCUCAAAAUUGCGAGACAAACCUGAGAUUCUGCGUCAUUUUUGGUUCCGUUACGACCGUAAGAUGGCGACCAUUGUGGCUGGUUCUGCAAGCGGUCUGCAUCAAGACGUCGUGCUGGGAUGCGCCAGCACCGUAGUCGAGGACAUCAUCAAGCCGGUGGUUGAUCAGGUGCGCGUACCUGGGACGUUGGUGACGCAGAACGGCGCAAGGCUGCUAGUUAGGGAGGACCACAUAGAGGUCCCUGACUGCAUGGUAGGACUCUUCAACCAGGCGAAAAAGAACAAGCUCUGCAUCAACCUGAACAGUGACUGCGUACUCAUUGAGUCGGUGAGAACACAAAGCGCACCGCAUGUGCUUGCAAAGGUCACAGACAACAUGACGGCGUCCAAUACCUCGGAAAGCGUGGCGGGACACACCUACGUGCGUCAGAUGGCAUCGGUGGCAGGAUCGGAAGGUGAAGAGACGGAGGACGGGAUGCAGACGCAGACGGACGAUGAAGACGGGACGCAGAUGCAGACGGAUGACGAUGACGGGACCCAGACUCAGACGGAGGACGGGGACAACAACGGGACACAGACACCGGCAGGCCCUGAGACGGAGCACGCAGGCGAGGAACCGUCCUCUCCUCUCACUCCUCUACCGGACGUGUCCUCGCCCCUAUCGCCCCUCUCCGACGCAUCCUUUCCAUCUCCCCCUCCCCUGCCACCCCCCGUGGCGCCUCUCCCCCCCCAGCGAGGCCAGAAGAUCUCGUCCGUUGUCUUCGUGGUCGUCUCCACGCAGGAGAAGGCCGUCAAGAAAGCUCCCCCCGGUGUGGACAUCAACAAACAAGACUGGGUCGAAUUACCCUGCCCGGACGACGACUGCAUCACGGGAGGCAUCGCUUAUGGAGGUAGGAUAUACGUAGGGGAAAUACGUGCGUACAUGUGGGUUUUACAGGGCGCAGAGGACCACGCGUACCUCGCGAAGCACUGGAAGGAUGACCUGGAGGAGUGGGUUAGAAGCGGGAAGGCCCUACUUCUUCGCAGGAGGUACGCCACUGAUGAGCAGAAGCAGGCGCUCAGGCAGUGGGAAGCGAGAUGGCGAGAGUGUAUGCUGUCUGUACGACACAAGGUCCUCCACAACCUCAUCAUCGCAAAGUCAAGCCAAUGCACCCCCGUGGAACUCGUGGCGUUCGAGGAGAAGAUCGACAAGCUACCGGACCUCAGCCUGCCGCCCAUCAAGAGCCCGGUGGGAGUAGUUAGGGCCCUGGUCGGCUCCGGGAGCUGGCGAUUGGCGGAGGAACGGUACGCCAAGGCCACGAACACGACUACCCAGUACUCGUUCGACGGAAUUGUCGGAAGCCGGAAAGAGGCGUUCAAGGCAGGGGCGUCUCUCAAGAGGGCCCUUGACGAGGGUGACAUUGGACGGGCUAGAAGGGCUCUCAAACGGCGUCACCUCGACACCGCGCUCGUCGACAAGAAAAGUUCUUUGACGGACUCCGACUACCUGGGCUCUGCUGACGGCUCGAGCGACCCGAUACCGAGUGACCCCCUCCGUGAUCCGUCGUUCAAUCCCGACGUGGACGACGGCCAUUACUCUCAAGACAGCAACUACGGCGAGUCGUCUCAGGGGUCACAGCAGGGGUCGUCGCAGCAGGAGUCAUCGCGGGGUAACGACUCGUCGCAGGAUGACGACGAAUCGUCGCAGGAUGCCGACGACUCAUCCCAGGAUGCCGAUGAAUCAUCGCAGGAUGAGAAUGACGCGGAAUCAUCGUCGCAGGGUGAAUUGAACUCCUCACAGCUUGACGCUGACUCACAGGCCAGCACUGGUUCUGAAUGA